UCCCUUGGCUCCACCUUCACCCAAUCCAACCCAACACAACAUUUAAUUCGAUGACAUAAUUGAAUCAAUUAAUUCUUGAAUUUAAAAAACACUAUUCUCUACUGAUUGAAUGAAACCCCAAUAAUUGUAACUAAAAUAUCCUAAUUUUGACUAACUUAUACUAUUCCAAAUUCCAAUCCUAACUUUCUCAGUCUGACUCCUCUCCAAUCUUCAUCUGCCGGACCGGUACAAUCUUUACCAUGUCUGGCCCGCUUGAUAGAUUCGCCCUCCCUUGCUUUGAUGGGUAUUCUGGGCAUGAUGAAAGAAAGGAAAGGAAAUCAGAUUUUGAAAUCUCGGAAGAUGACAAGAGGACGAGAAUUGGGAGCCUUAAAAAGAAAGCAAUUAAUGCGUCUAGUAAAUUUAGACAUUCUCUUAAGAGAAAAAGAAGGAAAAGUGGGAGUGGGAGUGGGAGUGGGAUCCGGAGAAAUUCUCUUUCCAUUGAGGAUGUUCGUGAUUUCGAGGAGUUGCAGGCUGUGGACGCAUUUCGACAAGCACUCAUCUUGGAGGAGUUGCUACCUCCAAGAUAUGAUGACUAUCAUAUGUUGUUGAGGUACCUUUUUUCUUUUUCUACAGAUACAAUUGGAACAAUUGUGCUGCUGCUUUCUUUGUUCUCAUUCUCCAGUUGUUUUCAUUGCAGAUUCUUGAAAGCAAGGAAGUUUGAUAUCGAUAAAGCCAAACAAAUGUGGAGCAACAUGAUCCAAUGGAGGAAAGACUUUGGAACGGACACAAUUUUGGAGGAUUUUGAGUUUAAUGAGCGGAACGAAGUUAUGAACUACUACCCUCAGGGUUAUCAUGGUGUGGACAAAGAAGGAAGACCUGUUUACAUUGAAAGAUUGGGAAAAGUUGAUGCCAACAAGCUUAUGUUAGUGACUACUAUGGAUCGAUAUGUGAGAUACCAUGUCCAGGAGUUUGAGAAGUGUUUUUCCAUUAAGUUUCCAGCAUGCUCUGUUGCUGCUAAGAGACACAUUGAUUCAAGUACAACAAUAUUAGAUGUUCAAGGCGUAGGUUUUAAAAACUUAACCAAGUCAGCACGAGAGCUCAUCACGCGCUUGCAGAAAAUUGAUAAUGACAACUACCCUGAGACACUUUGCCGAAUGUUUAUAAUUAAUGCUGGUCCUGGUUUUAAGCUGCUAUGGAGUACAGUUAAAUCAUUUCUUGACCCAAAAACAACUACCAAGAUUCAUGUUCUUGGCAAUAAGUACCAGAGCAAAUUGCUUGAAAUUAUUGAUGCAAGUGAGUUGCCUGAUUUUCUUGGAGGAAGCUGUAACUGUGUUGAUCAGGGGGGCUGCAUGAGGUCUGAUAAGGGACCAUGGAAUGAUCCCAGUAUAUUAAAGGUGGUACUUAGUGGUGAAGCACAGUGUUUUAGACAGAUAGUAACAGUUUCCAACAGCGAGGGGAGGUUGGUUUCUUGUGAUAAGUCCCGGAUUUCAAUGAUACGAAGUAGUGAUACAUCUGCUGCAGAAUCAGGAUCUGAAGUGGAAGAAAUGGCUUCACCCAAAUUAAAUAAAAGCUAUUUACAACCAAAGUUGACUCCUGUCUGUGAGGAAGCUAGAGUCACUGGUAAGGCAAGCAACACUGGGGGAAUCUCUGAGUAUGAUGAAUAUGUUCCCAUGGUUGAUAAGGCUGUUAUUGGCUGGGAAAAGCGCAAAUCCCAGCAAAUUCCAUCUGUUUCUGGCGGGCCACCAACUGUUUCAAGUGUAGAAGAAACUACAAAGGGAUUCUUUGCUCAUUACUGGGCUGUGCUUCUGGCCAUCUUUGUUACUCUCAUUACUCUCAUCCAAUCAGUUACAUGUCGUGUUACUAAUAAAUUUCACUACUCAUUUUCUGUUUCUGGCAACAACGUCUCUGAGAUGACUGCUGAAUCAGCUCCAGUGGAGUUCCAGCCCCCUUCACCGGCUCCAGGGUUUCCAAAGGCAGACCUUCUUUCAUCUGCUUUGAUAAAGCUUGGGGAGCUAGAAGAAAAGGUGAGUAUGCUACAAGCGAAGCCAUUUGAAAUGCCUUGUGAGAAAGAAGAGCUGCUCAAUGCUGCUGUUUAUCGUGUGGAUGCUUUAGAAGCAGAGUUAAUUGCUACAAAAAAGGCUUUACAUGAAGCUCUAAUGAAGCAAGAUGAACUACUUGAAUAUAUAGAUGGAAGAGAACAGGCAAAACUUCGGAGAAAGAAGUGGUGCUGGUAAAGAGUACUGGUGUACAGCAUUUGAAGAAAUAUUUUUUGGUAAAUAUACUUGAUGGUUUUCUGUACAUAAUAUGCUUGUAUAUGUGAGAUGCCUGUAUAGCGAAUUGAAGAGGUGUUGUCCUCCUCUUCUCCUAAAUAAAGGCUCCUUUCCUUUCCUUCUACUUUGCUUUCGCAAUGGAUUAUGCUAAUAAUGGUACAAAACUUCGUUUCUGUAAUUUUUCUGAAUCUUCAUAAAGGCUAUGUAAUCUUUCGUUUGGGACUCAGAAAUAUAUAAUAUUUAUGGAUAUGUAUUCAAGAUAA